CUUAGCUUCACUCUUAAUUUAUUUUUGGAUGUUCUUGCUUCAUCGAUCACAAAUUUCCUAAUUCACGGUUUCAAUGUGUGACCGAACUUGAACUCUUUUUUUUUAUUUGAUCGAAUGCGUUGGUGGGUCAUUGUUUGAAGAGAGAGACGCAGGCGUGAGGGUUUCUUGUAGUUUUCGUCUUGAAAGUAAUCUAAAUUCUCAACGUUGAUAUUGAUGUUAAAAUAGGUUGCUCGAGUUUCUUAGUCGUGUUGUAUUAGAGACUGUGGUGACAUUUUGUAAUUAGUCUGACUACUUAAUUAAGCUUUAUUGAGAUUUGAGAGAGGUAAUGCUAUACUGGGGAAGCAAGGAUCCCCUAGAAGUCCUCGUCCUGAUGUUGUGAAAAUGAAAGAUUAUCAGACCAGAAGUUCAGAAUGUUUGCCUGGUAUUGAUCCUAUCCUUGGGAGGAGAUUGUCGGGAGGGGAUAAUAAUUGGAAAACUAAAGUUGCAUUGCUUCAUGAUUUGAAAAACGAGCAUGGAAAUCUUGGUUCUUGUAAGGCAGUUUAUGUUGGGAAAAGGCACUUGUGGUUCCGUAAGCAUGUUAAGUCAAUUGCUCUUAUGUUUGCAUUGAUGGGGUCUCUUUUCUUGCUUGAUUCUUUCACGGUGUCACUUUUUGAUUCGAUAAGUCUGCAAAAUAGUUCACCCCCAAUGACAUCAAGCGGUGUUAAGGGGGAUAGAACUGCAUAUGCUAAUGAAGAGGAACGUUCAGUCCAGAUGCAUGGUCGGCUCCAAAACCUGGCUUACAGUGCUCUUGCCGAGAAAGAGUUUAAGCAAGAUACAUCGAAUUUUUGGGAGGAACCACGGAAGGCAUCUUUAUGGAAACCUUGUGGAGAUAGAAAAGAUGCAGAAAAAUUAGGGCAACCUGACAAAAACAAUGGGUACAUAAUGGUCAGUGCAAAUGGUGGUCUCAAUCAACAAAGAGUAGCUAUAUGCAAUGCCAUUGCCUUGGCAUCUUUACUUAACGCAACCCUAGUUCUUCCCAGAUUUCUUUACAGCAAUGUAUGGAAGGAUCCAAGCCAAUUCGGUGAUAUCUAUCAAGAGGAGUAUUUUAUGAAUAUCAUGAAGGAUGAAGUGAAUAUCGUAAAGGAGCUUCCUUCUCAUUUGAAGUCAUUAGAUAUUGACGCAAUCGGUAGCCUAAUUACUGAUGCGGACAUUGUGAAGGAGGCAACGCCCAUCGAUUACCUUACAAAAACUCUUCCUCUCCUGCUGCAAAAUGGAGUUGUUCACUUUCUUGGAUUCGGUAAUCGGCUUGGAUUUGAUCCGUUGCCUUCGAAACUUCAGAAAUUAAGGUGCAAAUGUAACUUCCAUGCAUUGAAGUUCGUGCCAAAAAUCCAAGAAGCUGGUUCAUUGUUGAUCAGAAGGAUAAGGAAGAAUGACGCUGCACAGACUACAUUGGACAGACAACUUUUCGGAGAGUUUCUGACUGGCAAUCCCUCAAAUAAACAUGAUUCAGCAAGAGGCUCAUCUAAAUAUCUUGCUUUACACCUGAGGUUUGAAGUGGAUAUGAUUGCCUACUCCUUGUGUGAUUUUGGAGGAGGGCAAAAGGAGAGAAGGGAACUCCAAGCCUACAGAGAAAGCCAUUUCCCUAUGCUUAUGGAGCGCUUGAAACACUCCAUGCCUAUCUCUUCAUCGGUGUUGAGAAACUUGGGGAGAUGCCCAUUAACACCCGAAGAAGCUGCACUUAUGCUUGCUGGUCUUGGAGUCAAACAUGGAACUUACAUUUAUCUUGCUAGUUCUCAUAUAUAUGGGGGAAAAUUUAGGAUGCAUUCAUUCACUAACCUCUAUCCUAACUUAGUCACAAAGGAAACUCUCCUGACACCCAGUGAGCUUGCACCUUUUAGGAAUUUCUCUUCGCAGCUAGCAGCAUUGGAUUUUAUCGCCUGUGCAACUGCAGAUGUCUUUGCCAUGACUGAUUCUGGAAGCCAACUCUCAUCUCUGGUGUCUGGAUUCCGCACUUACUAUGGCGGUGGUCAUGCUCCUACCCUGCGGCCUAACAAGAAGAGGCUAGCAGCAAUUUUGUCAGAGAAUGGCACCAUAGGUUGGAAUAGUUUUGAAGAUAGAGUAAGAAAGAUGAUUAAGGAUGGUCAGAGUGUUCGCAUACGGGGUUUUGGUCGAAGCAUUUACAGACAACCAAGGUGCCCAGAAUGCAUGUGUAAAACAUACUAGCAUGUUCUCAGGUGCACACUUUUUUCUACCUUCUAUUGUUUUGAAAUUGAUUUGCAUCGGCCUAGAAUGACAUCCCUGCAGGCAUCACAAUCAUGGCUUUGCUCCUCAUUUGAUGAUCAUGCCAUCAGGAAUGCAAAUGGCAAUGCUGAUAGCCUGAUGCAUCAUCUAUCCGUUUGUUUAAUUGUUUAUAUAACAGUCGGUUGUAUUUGUAAAUUUUCUUCCCUUUUGUUCUAAUUCCUUUAAUUCUUUCCAUUUGUAUAUAUAAGACACCUGUUCGAUUCAAUAAUAUCUUCCCACUAAAUGCAUUCCUGAUAUUAAUAUUAUGAUAGGUUGCUCUCUUCUCUCUCCUUUUGCUACAUGAACUGGAAGGUUUCAAUGUCUUUUCUGAGAGAGCAGAAAUGGCAACAGCAGCUCCCCCCUCCCUCCCUCCCCUGGUCCUCACGAGCCCAAUACUUUUGAGGAAAAACAUUCAAGGCAAAGAGGUUACAAAUUUGAACACUCUUUACUGUUCAUGAAUGCAGGUUUUCUGGCAACUGAUAAGAGAAGGCAUCGGAGGAAUCCUUUCAAAACAAAAUUUGGUUGAAUCUUAGAAAAGAAAUCCAUCAGAGUGAAAAGUCUAGUUGUGAGAUGUGAGAACAUUGUGCCCUUGGACUGUCGACUUUGUUUUACAUUUCUUGAUCAUUUCCUAAUUUGACUUGUGCUAGUCUCUACGAUAUUGAGAGCAGCAUGGUAAA